AUGUCGUUCGAACAGAUUCUACAAACGCUAGCAAUAACUGCGCAGAACCAGCAACAGCUUUUGAGCCAGCUAAGCGAGUCGCAGAGGCAGUUGACCGACGCUAUCACACGUCAAGUACACGGUAACACGGUUGACGACAGCACAGUGAUGCAUGCAAAAUCGUCACAAUUUUCUAACCUCGCUGCACGACUUGGUAAGUUUGUCCAUGAUCCUACGAGGGGCAAAACCUUCACGCUAUGGUACGAACGUCACGAAGGCACUUUUGUCGAGGGUACGAAAGAUCUCACGGAAGAAGAGUACAAGGAAUUGCUUUUGCAUGCUCUCGGUGACGAUGAAUAUCAACGGUUGCUUAGUCGCGUAUCUCCGAAGAAACCGCACGAAUUUAGUUUCAAGGACCUCGUGUCACACUUGAAGAAACAAUUCCAUGAUAAUAAAACCCUUUUUCAACGUCGUUUCGAAGCCUUAAAUUUUCGUGCUUCUCGGUCGAAUACUGCUUUAGAAAUACUUGAUAAAGUAAACGUUCUUGGGGAUGCUUUUGAGAUCGAAAAUUUCAAUAUUGACCAACUAAAGAUCCUCCUCGCAGUUCUCGCGCUCAGCGAUCAUGCCUAUCAUGCGGAACGGACGGUUUUUUUCAAAGUGGCAUCAGAGAAGGAAGACUGUACGUUCGAAAACAUCCGGGAAGUUUGCUACGCAUACGCUAACCGUACUGCAGACAUUAUGCGUGUCGAAGGUCAACGUCUUGACGAGGUAAAUGCGGUUAAACAGUCAGCGACGAAACCGACGAAGGACAAAGGCUCUAAGUUCAAAGACAAGAAAGCAGCUUCUUCUAAGUUUCGGCUUUGCUAUGGUUGCGGUGCUACAGAUCAUAAACGCAUCGACUGCCCUUUCAAGAAACUCGAAUGCAGAGCAUGCAACAAAAUAGGUCACAUCGCAAAGGUUUGUUUAUCCAAGCAACAAGGUAAAGUCAACACGAUUCAGCUACAAGGUGUUCUUGGCACAGGACACAAGCAUCUCACUAGUAAUAGCAAACCGUUAAAAAUGCAAUUGGAUACAGGAACGGAUGUAACUACAAUUGAUACACAAGCUUGGGCAUGGAUUGGUUUUCCAGAGCUUCAACCUUACAAAGUGUCAUGUUCAAAUGUGUCAGGUCAUCCUCUACGCAUCAAAGGAUUUUUCGACGCUUCACUUCGCUACAAGAAUUGUUCGACAAUAGCACCGAUCAUCGUACUAGAUCGUCCAGAGAUUGCGCUCGUCAGUGCACAAGUGAUCGAUGAAUUGAGAUUGAUCAGCUACGACACAGGACUUUCAGACACUCAACAGUCAAUCAACAUGGUUACUAUCAAUGAGCUGCAGAAACAAUUUACGGAACUUUUUAGUGACUCCACGGGAGAAUGCACUAAGACUACCAUUCAUCUACGACUAAAACCAGAUGCUCAUCCAGUACACGUUCCACGUCGGCCAAUCGCACUUGCAUUGGAAGAACCGAUUAAUGCGGAACUCGAUAGACUUGUCAAGCAGGGUAUUUUAACGCCAGUUGAUUCUUCGGACUGGGCGGCUCCCAUCGUCGUUGCACGAAAGGCAAACGGGAAAAUACGUAUUUGUGCAGAUUACUUCACAGGCCUAAAUGACGCACUCGAGACAGAGGACCACUUGAUUCCAAGUGUGGAAGAUAACAUGACACAGCUUCAAGGAAAAAAAAGUAUUAAGCCUGAUCCAGCUCGUUUCCGAUCGAUUCAAGCGAUGCGGGUACCUCAGAAUACAAAGGAGGUUCGUUCAUUUUUGGGCUUAGUUACUUACUAUGGAAAGUUUGUACAAAACUUUCAUCGGCUAAAGGCACCGUUGGAAGCAUUACUCAAGAAGGAUGUUCCUUUCGCCUGGACGUCAAAACGGCAAAGAGCAUUCGAGGACAUCAAACGUGUUCUUCUAGGUCCACUCUUAUUAACUCACUACGAUCCGAAACAAACCUUGAUCGUUGCUGCCGAUGCCAGCUCAGUCGGCAUUGGCGGAGCUUUGCUACAACGAGCACCAGAUGGUAAAGUAAAAGCCGUUUUUCACAUGUCAAAAGCGCUGACAGAGACUCAGCAAAAAUACAGCCAGAUCGAGAAGGAAGCGCUAGCGCUAAUCACAGCGGUCGAGCGUUUCAGGAAAUUCGCCUACGGCCGUCAUUUCGUAUUACAAACGGAUCAUCGUCCACUACUGGCAUUGUUUAGGACAUCGAAUACAAAGGGUUUGGAUACACGUACAGCAAAUCGUUCGAAACGAUGGGCUCUUCGUUUAAUCGGAUACGACUUCGAGAUCGAGUAUGUAAAUACUGAGAAGUUCGGUCAAGCCGAUGCUCUUUCGAGACUUAUACAGGAAGCCCGCCAAGAUGCAAUAGAUCCGGACCUCGAGGAGCUUCAGCAGGCAACAGUUCGUGAUAGCAUUCUCACAAAGGUUACAGAUUGUUUGCGCACGAGAUGGCUGAAACCCGACGCUAUUGACAAAGAUUUACUGCCAUACUAUCGUCGUCGUGAAUACCUCGCUAUUGUGGAUGGGAUACUAGUCUCGGAUGAAAAAUUGGUAAUUCCUAAACGUCUACAUUCUGUCGUUUUGAACCGCCUCCAUAUCGCACACCCAGGUAUUCGGCGCAUGGUUCAAUUGGCUCGACGUUACUUCUAUUGGCCGGCAAUGCAUGACGACAUCGAAAAAUACAUCAAGAAGUGCGAUCACUGUAUGCAGACAGCCGCGAAUCCAGUUAAGGAACCAUUACACCCGUGGCCUAAUCCAGAGAAGCCAUGGUGUCGUCUUCACAUUGAUUUCGCUGGUCCGCUUCAGGGACAGUGGGCUCUCGUCAUUGUGGAUAGCUACUCCAAAUUUGUGGAUGCAAGUUGGUUUUCAACGAUAACUGCAGCGGCAACGUGUCGAUAUCUCCGCAAGUUAUUCAGUCGUUAUGGACCGCCAGAGGUACUAGUAUCCGAUAACGGUACGCAGUUCACUUCGGAAGAAUUCGCGCAACUUUGCGCUGAAUUUAACAUUCUCCAUCUUCGAAGCCUACUGGGGCACCCACAAUCAAACGGCCAAGCCGAAAGGAUGGUUAGAACGUUGAAAAGUUCUAUACACGUUACUUCUCCAUCAACACCGUUGGAUAUCUUUAGACCAAUUACAAAACCUAAAUUGGCUCUGACUUCAAAACAGCAGAGAAUGAAACAACAGUUCGACUCUCAUCACGGAGUAAAGUCACGUUCUUUUGUUCCAGGUCAGGCGGUUGUGAUUCAACUCUCAAAUGGGCAGCGUGUUCCUGGAGAGAUAGACUGA